AUGAGCAUCAAAAUAUACCAGGUUGAUGCCUUUACUGAUCAAUUGUUUGGUGGCAACCCGGCGGCGGUAUGCCCGUUAGACCAGUGGUUACCCGAUCCAUUGAUGCAAAAAAUUGCUGCUGAAAACAAUCUUGCUGAAACGGCUUUUUUUGUACCAAAUUCCAGCGAUGGCGGAUAUGAACUUCGUUGGUUUACGCCCGAACUGGAAAUAGACCUUUGUGGGCAUGCGACAUUGGCCAGUGCACAUAUCAUUUUCACCGAAAUGGCUCCUAUGAAUGAGGAAAUCAUCUUUCAGACCAAGAAAGCCGGUAAACUUAUAGUUACGCGCCGAAAAGAUGAUGUAUUAUAUACCCUCGAUUUUCCAGCACGUCCAGCAGCAAAAGCUGAUUUGCCUGAUGCACUGUUGACAGCAUUGCGGGGCGACGUAACACCAAUCGAAAUUUAUAAAGCGAGAGAUUAUAUGCUCGUUUAUGAAAAUGAGGCUGCCGUCAGACAAUUGUCGCCGGAUUUUAUGGCGUUAGCCAAUAUUGCUGAUGUUUUUGCUGUGAUUGUUACUGCUCCUGGUGAUGACGUUGAUUUUGUUUCGCGGUUCUUUGCGCCGCGAGUCGGUAUUCCUGAAGAUCCCGUCACUGGUUCAUCGCACUGUAGCUUAAUCCCUUAUUGGGCUGAACGAUUAGGUAAAAACCAGUUGCACGCUUACCAAAUUUCGGCGCGUAAAGGGGAACUUUGGUGCGAAAACAAAGGCGACAGGGUGCUCAUGUCGGGCAAAGCGGUUACCUAUUUAAACGGCGAGAUAAAAAUUUGA